CCACGGCACCUCCACCAACCUUUCCCACACACGCACACGCACGCCCGACGUUCAGAAUCUUUGAUAUCCAACCCAACAACCAACCCGGCCUGCCAUCUGCGUCUUCUUGUCUCCCCCUUCCCCUUUCCCUCUCGAUCAGUGGAAGGCCCUAACCGCUGCUCUCCCGCCGGACCUGGUGUCCAUUUCAUUUCGUCUCAUCUGGACCAUGUCACUUGUCUCUUGCCCGCAUGCUAUAGGCUACAUGAGCGAGUAACACCUGGGCGAUCGUCCCCCUCGACGAAUCUACUUGAUUGCCCUCCAGUCUCUCCAGUCCCCGUAUUCCCCGUCUUUUCUAAAAAGCACGUACUACGCCCAUCCACUCACACGUCAACUUGGCUCCUCGUCUCGGCAUCAGAGGACUCGCUGGCAUCUUGUAUAGACAACUCUCUCCGUACACCUAACUUCUUCUCGGCCUCAAGCCGAAGGUGAAGACAAGCUGAACUGGAUCACUCUCUCUACCCCUAUCACACGUCUUCGCGCUGAGGCCCCUCCAUCUUGGCUUGGCUUGGCUUGCCUGUCUCCCAGGGAACUGCCCUGGCCAUACCCGUUGAUGUCAAGCCUUGGCAGGUAAACGCUAUUGAAGCGAGGACCUGUCGUUCGUCGGAAGUGAACCCUCGAGCACAAUCUUGACGCAAUCACACUCGCACUUAUACAGAGUGCGGGACCGCCGAGGAUUUGGGCCGAGAUGACAAACAAAGGAGCAAGUCUCACCACGGUUCCGGGCCCAAUUCUAGCUGGGCCUUUGUGUGUCAACAUGGGCGCGGCCUCGGCCAGAACUCGAUAAAGAGACGAGUGACAAGACAACAAAGAGAUCAGAUGGCAUAGGCAACCUUCAACGAUUCCCAAAUGUUGUCUGAUGGCUGGGGGCCUUGUUUCCCCCACUACUGCUGCCCCUCGGACCCUAUUUAGCUGGCUGCAUUCCCCGACGUGGUUCGAGGCUCGUGAGUCUUGUCUUGUCAUGUGUCAUGCUUGGUGUUGGCCGUCUUCACUCCCUUCAACCUCUUUCAAACUUCUUUUUCUUACAGCCCCUUCGUAGCCCCCAUUCCCUUUCUUCCUUUCACUUCUCAGCCCCCGCGAGGUAUAGACUGGUCCUAUCUUUACCAGCUGAAGUUGUCGUCGUCACAGAGGUCCCACUCCUUGAUUCCUCGGUCCUUGGCCCACACUCACUGUCCCUCACCUACUUCUUUAUUCGCUAAGCGCAUCACCGAUACUCCAGGUUUGAGUCAAAAUCUAGAGUCUAGUAAGUCUCUAUUGGAUUGGGCCAAGAAAUUAAGAGAAGCCUUACGCUGCGCGGCAUCACUCUCGGCACAAGUCUUGCUUGACCUGACUCCUCCCCAAGUCCGCCUAAACCGGUCGACACCACCAAUACCAAGCCCCAGCCGCAUCCUGUUCUUCUGGGCCUUCCAUCUUCUCAGACAAUAGAAAACGGCUUGGAUUCCUCUGGAGGUAAACCAGCCGCCCUUUCUCUCUCCCUAGGUCUUGCCUAGACAAUCCAACGGCGCAACAAUACCAGAAAGGUUUCUCCCAUCAACCAACCACCAAAAAGUGACUGGCUCACUUCAGAACCGACGACAUCAUAUUUCUUCUUCUUCGUCUUCAGUUCAUACAUCUUUAUUGAUGAUCCUCUGACUCUCCAUCGUUCUGUUUUGAGUCAAAUUCUUCAGACUCAUCUCCCUCUUUGUGGCUUUCUCGAACCUAUUCAACAUCACGCCCCCUGACUUCCAGCCCGUCGAAGUCUUCCAAGGAGAAAAAGAAGAAAAUACGCAAACCUAUCUCGAUAGCAGGAACGAUCUCAAUCGUGUAUCGCCAAACAAUGCCUUCGCACAAAAUCAAGACGGUCCUAGUGGGCGCCACCGCCCUCCUCCUCUCCUCAGCGCCCGGGCCGGCCCAGGCGCAGCAAAAGUACGUCCUCCACGACAACUACGACAGCUCAAACUUCUUCAAUGAAUUCAACUUCUUCGACCAGCCAGACCCCACGCGUGGCUCGCAGACGUACACGAGCGCGCGGACGGCCAACGACAGGGGCCUCGCGGGCUACGCAAAGGGUGGCAUCUACCUGGGUGUCGAUGCCAAAACUCCCGGCCAGGGUCGUCAGUCGGUCAGAGUGACUUCGAACAAGGCUUUCGAUACGGGCUUGUUCAUUGCCGAUAUCCAACACAUGCCGACGAGCAGCUGCGGUGUCUGGCCUGCGUUCUGGAUGUUUGGUCCCAACUGGCCCAACUCGGGCGAAAUCGACAUCAUCGAGGGGGUCAACACACAAGAGUCCAACUCGGUGACGCUCCACACAGGACCCGGCUGUAGCAUCACUAACGACGGCACGAUCCCGUCCACCAUGCUCAAAGACAAGGACUGCAACGCCGGCACGGCCUUCACGGGGUGUGGUCAGACGACGGCCAGCAACCAGAACUACGGUGACGGCUUCAACGCCAUCGGCGGCGGCGUCUACGCCGUCGACUUCAACAGCCAGGCCAUCUCGGUGUGGUUCUUCCCGCGCAGCGCCAUCCCCGGCGACGUCGCCUCGGGUAACCCGAACCCGGCAUCGUGGGGCCGGCCGCUGGCCAAGUUCAACGGCGGGUCCGGAUGCGACAUCCCCGCGCACUUCAAGCAGCAGAACCUCGUUUUCAACAUUGCCCUAUGCGGUGACUGGGCCGGGAAAGUGUGGGAGCAGAACGACGAGUGCAAGGCCUUGGCGCCACAGUGCUCCGACUACGUGGCGGCCAACCCCCAGGCCUUCACGGAGGCAUUCUGGCUCAUCAACUCGGUCAAGGUCUACCAGGCUGAUGGCGGUAAGAGAGCCGCUUCUCUUCCUGGCGGCCCGAGUUCUGUAGCGCCCCAGGCGAUUUGAAGAGGUUCGAGGGGCAGGGUCCACCCAACACAAUUGAUCGGAAACGUUUUACAGGUUUAGAUAUGGGUGGUAGACGGUUAGGCACACACAUACACACACACGCGCGCGCGGGGGCGUUGGAGGCUGGAUUCUUUCACGUCUCUCCUUGACGACAUGCAUGACAUUUUUUUCUCUUUCGGCUCCUGGCUCGAUAUCUACUGGGUAGAUUCCCUCUUAGAAAUAUUGUUUUUCCCGGACAAGAAGGGGAAUGUGGCGUUACGGGAAAACACAGUUUUCGAGAUG